CUUUUCUGCUUACUUAUUUUAUUGGAAAAAAAUAAGAAGAGUAGGUGGGCUUUUACGUUAUUUAUUCUUCUUCUAUUUUACUGAAAAUUGUGUCUUCUGUCCGAGUCAUGGAUGAGUCAAGCAAUUCAGAGGUUGUUCACGAAUUCCGUUUUUUCAAAGUAUACAAAGAUGGUCGGGUCGAGAAACAUUUCUGGCCGCCGAAAAAAAUCCCACCCACCGACGACCCGAUCACCGGCGUCCAAUCCAAAGACGUCGUCGUAUCAACCGACCCACCAGUAUCCGCCCGGAUAUUCCUGCCCAAACUACCCAAUCCGGAUCACAAGCUCCCCCUCCUCCUCUACGUCCACGGCGGCGGAUUCUCCAUGGAGUCCGCUUUCUCCCCCACGUACGACCGCCUCGUCAAGACCCUCUCCGCCCAGGCCAACGUAGUCGCCGUCUCCGUCGAGUACAGGCUGGCGCCGGAGGACCCGAUACCCGCCUGCUACGACGACUGCUGGACCGCACUCAAGUGGGUCACGACCCACGCCGACGGGAACGGUCUCGACCCGUGGCUGAACAACCACGUCGAUUUCAACCGGGUUUUCCUUGCCGGAGACAGUGCGGGAGGGAACAUUUCUCACACGCUGGCGUUCCGGGUCGGGUCGAUCGGGUUACCCGCCGGAGUGAGGUUGGUCGGGGCGGUUCUUUGCCACCCGUACUUUGGGGGAGUGGAGUACGAUGACACGAUGUGGCUGUACAUGUGUCCGACCAACACUGGGUUUGACGAUCCUAGGAUGAAACCGCCCGUAGAGGAUCUGGGUAGGUUAGGGUGUGAGAAGGUGUUGAUAUUUGUGGCGGAGAAGGACCAUUUGAAUGGGCCGGGGAAGGGAUACUGUGAGAGGUUGAAAAAGAGUGGGUGGGGAGGAAAGGUGGAGAUUGAAGAGAAUGAAGGGGUGGAUCAUUGCUUCCAUCUUUCUGAUCCCACAAGUGACAAGGCUAUGGCUCUCAUUCACAAGAUUUGUUGUUUCUUCAAGCAAGAGUAGUCAAUGGGCUUUUUUUCACCUUUCAAGUCUACUAUAUGGAGGGGAGAAAUUAAUAAUGAAAGAAGGAAAGAGAACAUGUUCUAGGGCUGAUGAUGAGAAGUGCAUGCUCCUUUUUCUAUUCAUGGUACAAUGUUCCAUUUUUUUUUUUUUUCCCCUUCUCUCUUGAAAGUAGAAAAUAAAUAAGUCUAUGAUUAUUUGGAACC